UUUAAAUAAAGCCAUGAAACGACCCAAAAUACAUAUAAAUAUGUAUAAAUUAAAAAGACAGAAUGGACAGUGGCAUCCACCAUCGCCAAUGUCAUCGACAACUUAGCCCCCUAACGUCCUCACACCAUGAUUUACGAGGGGUUGAAGAGCUGUGCAUACUUUCGCCUUGUGCAAAAGUAUGCAUGGCUCGGUGAGCAACUCCUGCAACUCUGUGGGGACAUACUUCCUCAAACACAGAAACACAUUGUAAAGUCUCUCACCCAGACACAAAAAACGACGCCAUCAUCUAUUGUGACAUCGCCCAAGAUAUCAUCAAGACAGAUUUAGCGUCCCACCCAGUUUAUCAUAAUUCCUGAGAAAGAGGGUUCAGGUUAAGUAUGAUGCCACCUGGAUCUUUCAAAUGAUAACCCUAAACCCAGCUAUGAGUUCCUCUCAAAGCUGAAUGAUGAUUUAUGUGUAAUGUUGUUCUGUAACGCCGUUUUUCAUCUUUUGUUAAAGGAAUCGCCUCAUUAAAUGUGAUUCAUUCUUAUCCUCCCAAUAGAGCCUUGUUAACCUAUGCAAGCCACAUUCAUGUUCAUGUUGUUAUAUUUAUGCGCACGUUAAAGAGGUUUUACACAUUGUACUGUCCCAAUUCCACUGUCCUUGUUGUCCAAAAUGUCUACAGUAUCUUAUGAGCCAACCAGAAAACGAUGUUACUGCUGCUAUGCUGUGAUUUGUAAUUUGGAAUAUAACAGAGUGAAAUAUCCCCUUAAAGGUCAGGAAAGUAAAGUUAAUCUAUCUAUUUCUAGUCUUAUCUCAGUGAACAAAGACAAAACACUUCUGUAAUAGAGAGUCACGCAAUUAGAUAAUGUUGAUUAACUGGAAACGAGAAAUAUGUGCAAGCACGCUACAGCAAAGGAGAUUAUUAGGGCUAAAGUGGCUACAUCAGUCCCUUCUUCUAAAUCACCUGUGAAUUUUCAUUCUUUACUUUAUACUUGAUUUUGCCUUUGCAUCUUGCACUGCUUUAUAUUAAUUCAUCCAUUGUUUUUACAUUUUUAUUUUGGGUGUUUAUUAUCUGAUGUUCUUAGUCUUAUUCGGCUUUUUUUUUCCUUGUGCUGGCCUCUUUAUCCAUACAUUACUGUGCAUUUUAUACGCUGUAAAGCACUUUGUGACGUGCUGCGGAAAAUAUACUCUUUUAUUGUUAUAAUCAUAAAAUGGGCAGUCAUGUUAGGAUACCUGCCAGAGAACAUUUUGUUGACUUGCCUGUUAUCAAAAGGCAACUCGAGUCAAGUUUCAUCAGGGCUUGAUGGACAUGUCUCAACGGCAAACAUUUCCUAAUGCCUCUUUACAGUAGACAUGAGCUUUAACCUGAUGAUCACAAAACAUAACUUGGAAAAAUGAAAUCAGAUUCCACACUUUUUAUCAAUCAAAACCUGGGGCAGAAGAUGAUCUAUAAAGAUUAUAAUUUACCCUCUCUCUCACUCACACACACACACACACACACACACACACACACACACACCUUACGCUUAAUAUACAUAGACUGAUUACAGGCUUUGGAAUUUCUUAUGAUUAAUACAAAGUCCAAAAGUGUUGCGUUUUCAAUGAAUGUAUACAUUAUGAAAUUAUCUAAUUCAUGCAACUGUAGAACUGCUGAAUCUAUCUUUUAGAUUCAAGACAUUAUGAAAUCUUAUUUCAUCCCACUAUUUCAAAGUUGCAAAGUUCAGAGCGAGUCAUUUAGAGUCUGGUUUAAAUGCUUCUAUUCUGUUUAUCCUGACUGAAAAAAAGAUGCUGUGAUGAAUGCUGGCGAUCGAUCAUCAAAAAACAGUCACUGUGAAAAACAGUGUAAUGUUAAUAGCCUGGAAGUGCCAGUGUGUCAUAAUCGUUUGCCUGUAAAUCUUCCCUGGAAACUCAUGGAUAUUCAUUUAAUAACAAAUAUUAAAAAUGUCAUCAUUACAUUACUUUAUAAUACACGCUGUCUGCAUUUAAUGCAUAUUUACAGUAUAUCAUAAUGCUUAAUUCCCUGAUUUGGAUAUUUGUAUUUCAAAUCAAAGAGUUUCUGUUUCUGCUUUUACACUCCCUUUUUAAAAAAUAUUUAAGAUUAACUUUUAAUGUGCUUCGAUGUGUUUUUUUUUACCAUUAUGAAAGCACAAUUUAAUGUUGUUAGGAAAUAAUCUAUUUAAAUAAAGAUAAUCAUCAUCGAUAAAUUCUGUAACGAGCAAUCUCACUAUGUAUUUGUAUACUUUGUACACACCAAGAUGUUAUGAAGACCUCCUAACUGCCAGGCUGAACCUAUAAAAAUGAAUGUAAGAGGAUUCUUUUGGACACUGGUCCUCCCUCUUACAGGUAUGCUGAUGCAAGACCUGUCAUUCGCUAUCAUUCAUUCAGGUGCAUUCCAGGUGGAGUCUCUUAUCUAAGGGAGUAACUUCAAUGACACACACAACCUGAAAACACAAUGGAGGCGAUACCCGUAAUGCUCUUUGUUAUCCUGUGCUUGGGGGCUCACAGAUCAUCUUCGAAAAUUUUACAGCGACAGAAAAGGAACUGGAUCAUUGAUUCCUUUACUAUAAGUGAAGGUUAUAAAGGAAAUUUUCCAUACUCCCUUGGCACAAUUAACAUUGCGAAGGACCUCAGAGUUUUCAAGAUCGAAGGUCAAGGUGUUGAUAAGGAACCCACAGGCGUAUUAGCUAUCAAUGAAGACACAGGGGAGAUAAGUGUCAAACGCCCAGUGGACUAUGAACAAUUCAAAGUUUUGAAGGUAGUAUUUAAGGCCUAUGACAAAGAAAAACAUUUGAUAGACACACAGCUGGGAAUUGAGAUUAAGAUUCUCGACGUGAAUGACAACCCUCCCAAGUUUGACCGUAACAUCUACAAUGUCACUGUACAAGAGUCAGCAACACAAGGCUUUACACUGACAACUGUUAGGGCAACUGAUCCUGACACCUAUAAAAGAGAUGGAAAGUUUGACCUAAAAAUAAUCUCCGUCAGCCCUGAACCUCAUGAUCUGGAGUUCACCUUAGAACAAAUCAAGGAUACUGAAAUUGGAACCAUUUCAUUCAAAGGGUGUCUGGACCAUGAGAGGGCGGCGCAAUACACGAUUAUAGUGGAGGCCAAAGACCAAGGAGAAGAGCAACAGCUCUCCAGCUCCUGCACCGUCAUAAUAGACAUAGAAGAUGGCAAUAACCACCUCCCUGUGAUCAAGGGACAAACAGGUCCAGGGAGAGUGAAAGAAGGAGAGGAAAAUGUUCUUGUUUCACGUCUGCAAGUUUCAGAUGAGGACACCAUGGGUUCUGCAGCCUGGAGAGCAAAAUUUAAAAUCGAUGGAGACACAAGAAACAACUUCAGAAUCACAACUAAUGCUGAGACAAAUGAGGGGCUACUGUAUGUGGAAAAGUCUCUGGACUAUGAAGACGGUCCUCUGAAGAACGUGACUAUUAUUGUAGAGAACGAGAUCCCCUACCACUUAUGCAAAGUGGUGAGUCGCAGCUCUACUGGUUUGUGGAAAGUAGUCACUACCGGUGCAGCUGGUAUUGGUGCCGGUGUUGUUAAUGCUGGAGUUGCCGGUGGUAUGACUGGGACAGGGAUAACAGCUUUGUCCGUCCAACUGGUGACAGUGGCUGUGGACGAUGUCAACGAGGCACCGAUCUUCGACAAAUCUCGCAAAGGAGUUACGUUGGGAGAGAAUGUUGCAGCAGGACACUAUCUGGAGACAUUCACAGCUAGAGACCCUGACGUUGCCAGUGCAAAUACAUUUAUAUACAAAAUAGGAUAUGAUCCAGAGGGUUGGGUCCAACUGGACCCCGCAACAGGAAAAAUAACCACAAAAAACUCCUUGGACAGAGAGUCAAAAUAUGUGAAAAACAACAUGUAUAAUGUCACGAUACUUGCUAUUGAUGAUGGCAACCCUCAAAUGACAGGUACUGCAACCCUCAACAUCCACAUUACCGAUGAGAACGACAAUUCUCCAACCCUGAAUGUGAGCAUCAUUGACAUGUGCCAAUUGGAUGGACCCUUUAGAACAAACAUCAGUGCCUUUGACUUGGAUGAAGACCCCUACGGUGGACCUUUCAGGUUCAAACUCCUCGGAAACGAUGAGAGCAUGUGGAGGCUUGAACCCCUUGAUAGACAAGUGUACUCAGUCGGCCUGGUGAAAGAGAAGACAGUUCAUUCAGGGGAAUAUCAGUUGAUGCUCGAAGUAUCUGACCUUCAGUACAUUGCCGCGGUCCACAAUAUAACACUUACUGUGUGUGAGUGUUUAAACCCUGCAAUGCCAAACUGUCGCAACCGCAAACCUACGGGGUCGGCCGUGGGAGGAGGCAUGUUUGGGAUCAUUUCCUUUGCCUUACUACUGCUUGCAGGUGUGCUGCUUUUGGCUUUUCUGGUGUCAUGUAAGCCAAAGAUAGUAAAAUUUCCAGAGGAAAUAGAUGCUUCAGGUCAACUGAUGAAUGGUAAUACCGAAUUACCAGGAACUGACGUGAUCAUUAAAACUGCGGAACCAAACAAAACAAUGACUCAAGUUCCAGUUCUGAUUCCAAAUGGAAGAGGCAACAUGGCGGUGGAGAGAGACGCCCAUUCUGACAACAAAAUAUCCGAAAUGCAAUGGCGAAGAAACUAUUGGAAAUGGCAAAAUCAGACAUCACAAGACUGGGGGACGGGGACUGUUGUCGGGGGACAACAGUUUGUGCAGGGGAAUUUCUGGCGUUCGGUACUGAUAUUAUUAUCAUCAUUACUCUUAGACCUGAAUAUUACUGAGAAGUUUGAGAAAAGCUGCCAUUUCGGCACCGCAUUAACCACUGAAAUGUUUGAAUUUACAGUCAACAGGUACCUCAUCAACCAUGAGAACCACAGAUCAGAGCAGAAACUCAUUUAUGCGCAAGGUACUGCAAUCUACACUACUAUGAGCCCUUUUCCUAUGAAAGCCAUGAAAUAUUCUACAGAACAUGAAAUUGACGUUCACCGUGAAUUCCUGUCUCAAGCACUAAAUAUGAAGCUGCUUAAUCUUCAGACACUGGAACAGGAGCUGGGUGAUUAUGCUCCUCAUGUGUAUGCUGACGAGGAAGACACAGAGACCAGAACUACGCUUGAUGCCAUCUCCAUGACUGACUUCUCCUUUGACCUAGACUGGGAGCAGGACUUGGAUUUCAAGUUCAGUACUCUGGCCUCAAUCUGCAAGCCACGUGAAAGUGCCGCCUACAGUACAAAAACCUCCUAUGCAACAGAGAACCUUGAGACAGCCACUCUUCUCCAAACUGAAAGUCAAAAAACUACCAUGAACACGCUAUCACACAUCUAUCACACGAGGGAGUCAAGUUAUCUUUCUGGAGACUCACAUCUUGUGAUACGAUCUUUCAGCAACGCUUGAAGGGUUAGUUUCUCUUCUCUAGAUUCUGUGUCUGUCAACGAUGACAAGAAAUUUUUGUCUUAGUAAAUGUGACAGUUAGAACUUUGUUGACACCGGACACAUAGUACAGCUGUUCAUAAGUCGUUUUACACAAACCAUCAAAUGACGACUUUGUGAUGUAUGUACAUAUGUGUAUUCAAUUCUGGUUUGAGAAGUGUUUUUGUUUUGGUGCGUUUACAUUUAGUAUAUUUUCUAUUGUACACUCUAACUUUCUUGACUAAAAUUAUUUUGGGAUGUUGAGGCUUUCUUAUUUCAUACAAGUAAUAAUGGUGAUGGUUGAUAAGGAACUGGCUACUGAUCUUUCAUCACUAGACAGCAUUAAAAUGGUUUCAGUUAUGCACAGACAAGAAAAUAGUUUGAACAAUUGUAAUAACUAGACUAAACUGUGAAUAUCUCGAGCAUCUCUAUUGUGUUUGACUUUAUUAUGUCAAUUUUAGAUACAAAGAGUUAUAAAAGCACAGAGAGUAAGGCAACCUCAAUGGAAAAUUUGCUUUGGCCUCUGAUUUCAUCCAGAAGUCCAUAUCAACAAUAAAUGUGGUUACUAUCUUGAAACUGUAUUCCAUGGCAUGACAGACAGUGGCGAAUAGCUGUCGAGACUUGUGGCUGUGCAUCAGCACAAGACACAA